AUGUGGUUCAAGUCAACAUGGACAUGUCUCCUCUAUGGAUUACUGUUCGGACAAAAAGUCUCUGCGAUUGACCUUCAAGUUGACGACGAACAGUCUAUCAAGGAUGCUGCAUCACAGUCCAUCUACGGAAUGAUGACAUGGUAUCAUGGCAAUGAAACGGGUCAGAUUCCAGGCGGUUUCCCUGACAAGUGGUGGGAAGGUGCUGCUCUAUCUCUCGCGCUUCUCAAUUAUUGGCAUUUCACUGGCGACGAUACAUAUAACGAUGAGUUGAGUGAGGCCUUGCAAUUUCAAGGUGGACCAAACGGCGACUACUGGACUAGCAACUAUAGUUCAUUCUUGGGAAAUGAUGAUCAAAUGUUCUGGGGUCUUGCAGCAAUCCAAGCGGCCGAAUCGAAGCUUCCAGAUGUCUCGGAUGGACAUUCCUGGCUCUCCCUUGCGCAGGGUGUCUUUAAUGACCAGAAGAACCGAUGGGACACGACAAAGUGUGGCGGUGGGCUACGCUGGCAGGCCUUUGUCUACCAAAGUGGAUAUACAAUGAAGAAUUCUGUGUCAAACGGUGGAUUCUUCCAGCUGGCAGCUCGUCUUUACCGGUAUACCGGAGAUUCUGAAUACAAGGACUGGGCGGAGAAGGCCUGGAACUGGUCGGCUAGCUCUGUGCUUAUGAAUAAUAAGACCUGGGUUAUUGCAGACUCAGCCAAUAUGGAUGACAACUGCAAAUCUCCCGGCAAUAUCCAGUGGACCUACAAUUAUGGUGUUUAUCUGGGUGGAGCUGCUUAUAUGUACAACAAGACCAGCGACGACAAAUGGCUUACUGCUGUCAAUGGUCUCCUGAAGACAUCAUUUCAGCAGUUCUUCUUGUCUCAACACGGUGGUGCCAUGGAGGAGGUAACUUGUGAGCCCUCAGAACAAUGCAACGACAACGAAAUCUUGUUCAAGGGUCUGUUCUCCUGGUGGCUUGCAUACACCGCGCUUUUGGUUCCGUCGACAUAUGAUACGAUUCUACCGAAAUUGGAGGCAUCUAUUCAGGCGGCUGCAAAGUCUUGUACCGGACUCGGCAACAAUACAUGUGGUGUCCGCUGGUACCAGUCGAAAUACGACGGUAUGAAUGGAAUGGAACAACAGAUUAGCGCCAGCAAUAUCUUCAGUUCAUACUUGGUCAGGUAUGAGCAUAGUGGCAAAGGACCAGUGACAUCCACCACUGGAGGAGACAGUAAAAGCAACCCCAAUGCUGGCGCAGAGAGUGAAACCGACAAGGACACGCCCAAACCAAUCACAACAGGAGACAAAGCGGGAGCUGGGAUCUUGACUGUGGUGAUGGACUCCGACAACGCCUGGCUGUCGCCAUGUGCAUUGCCAUACUUCGCAAUUGCACCGACAAGUGUCGCUUUGAUUAUCGCAGUACAUCACCUAUUUGGGCCCUUACUGCAUCGAUGGCGCCCUGAGUGGACUCUGCCUUUCGUAUCAGAAGAUGAGCAGCAAGAAGAGCUCCCGCAGGAAGGACCCAAACACCAGCCCCUUCACUGGACUAUCACGCUUUUCGGAUUCUCAACAAUUGGAUUUUUCGCAGAGGCCUGGAGCUGCUUAUAUUCGAACCCUAAUGUUUUCGAAAUAAUAUUCGUCACAUCUUGGGCUACAGCAGCCGCAUUGAUCGCCGCUAAAAGGCCGAGAUCAUGUUCAAUUCCUCUUCUGGCUUACUUCAUUCUAGCUCUUGCCGUCGAUCUCUCUGUGGCUGUCCAGAGCGACACAGGCCGGAGAUCCAAAGCAGUCGCCCAUUAUGUUGGUGCCAGUGCUGCUCUACUCAACGCGUUCAUUAUCCUUCUCAUGCCCUUUCGAACAACCUCAACCCCGAUUUUCGAAAUUAGCACAGUCGGCCAGACCCCAAACAGUGACUUCCGUAGUCCAGAAGAUAACCUCCGACUAUGGCAGUUUCUUACUGUUUCGUGGAUACAGCCGUUGAUCGCCCUCGGGCGCAACAGGCAAUUACAUGAACGCGAUGUCUGGCUACUCGGAUUUGAGUUCCAACAUCGCCGUCUCCAUGAGAAAUUCCGUCGGCUCAAGGGAUCUGUGCUUGCUCGGACCCUGAGGGCGAAUGGCCUGGAUGUUUUUAUCAUUUCGACUAUUGCCAUUGUGCAGAUGUUCUGUGAUUUCUCAACUCCCGUGCUCCUGCAGCAGCUCUUGAAAUCGAUGCAGGAUCCGACAAAGCCGAAAAGAGUACCAUUGACGUACGCAUUUUUGUCGUUGGUGCUACGACUUGUUGCUGCACAAUCUCAAGUAUUGAAUUUGUGGUACGGUCGCCGGUGCUACGAGAGGUCAAGAGGCGAAAUGGUUAUGAUGGUUUAUGAAAAGGCACUAUCGCGAAAGAAUAUCCUCGGCACACACGAAAAGGCAGCGGAGGUGCUGAAUGAAGAAGAUGAAACUGCCAAUGGGGAUACGGUAACUCAUGGGGCUGAGCCUUCCCCAGCCGAACAAGGCCAAAGAAGCUGCGUCCUGGGAAAGAUUUUCAAUCUUCUCCGAGGUGAUGUUUACGACGUAGCUCAGCGAUACUGGGAGAUUGACAGUCUAAUUGAUAAGCCUCUGGGCUUGAUCAUAGCCGUGGUCCUAGUUUGGACGCUAUUUGGUCCAUCUUGCUUCUUGGGUAUACUGUCUGUUUUGGCUGCUCAAGCAGCAAAUGCAGUUGUUACCAAAAUAUUGCUUCGUUAUGAACGCGUCAAGCGAGCCGCGACAGACGUUCGCUUGCAAAUUACCUCGCAGUUUGUUGAAGCAAUCCGUCAUCUCCGGUGGUAUGGGUGGCAAGAUCAUUGGCUUCGUCAAGUUAUGGAUGCUCGACAGCAUGAGCUGGACUUGCGAAUCAUUACAGGCUUAUGGAACAUCUUGAUUACCUUCAUCAAUACAUUCGCGAGUGGUGUUUUCCCCGUUCUGGCACUAUAUUCCUACACCGUCCUUGCCGGUCAUGAAUUGAGGAUCGAUAUCAUAUUCCCUGCCUUGCAGCUGUUCUCCAUGCUCGAGGUCCGUCUACGCGAGAUUCCAAGUUUGAUUACUACUCUCAUCAAUGCUUCAAUUGCCUUGGGCCGCAUCGAGGACUUCAUGGCAGAGCCAGACAAGAUACAGAAUCCCGCGGAUACUUCAACCGAGCACAUUCCAUUCCACCUAGAUUCUUGCACAUAUGCCUGGCCUGGGAAACUAACACCUGUUCUAAAGGAUGUCAGUGUGAUAAUCCCAAAGGGUCUCACAGUCAUCAGCGGCAAGGUAGGCGCAGGGAAAACCGCCUUCCUACAGUCGCUUCUAGGGGAGCUCGAUCAGAUUGAAGGGUCCUCUCGUGUUCCAAACGAAAUGGUGGGCUACUGCGCCCAGACACCGUGGUUGCAAAGUAUGAGCAUUCGCGAUAACAUUCUGUUCUCUUCGCCAUACCAAGAGCAGCGCUACAAGAAGACACUCGAAGCCUGCGCUCUCCUUCCCGAUCUCUCUCGAUUCAAACACGGAGAUCUGACUUUUAUCGGCGAGAACGGCAUUGGUCUUUCUGGAGGCCAGAAAGCGCGUGUCGCUCUAGCUCGGGCAGUGUACAGUGCCUCGAACGUGCUGCUACUAGAUGAUCCUUUAUCUGCGCUUGAUCACAACACGGCCGAAUUUGUCGCCCGUAAAUGUUUGGCCGGACCAUUGGUUCAAGAUCGUACUGUGGUCUUGGUGACACAUCGUAUGGCACUUGUUCGGGGUAUUGCUGGGCAAAUUGUCAAUAUCGUUGAUGGACACGCCACUGUUUAUGACAAGAGCGCAAUUGAAGCGUCUACCAAUACUGGGACCGAGACAUCGCUAAUCGGCCAGUCAGAAUCGGAAACUGAACAGGAUGCCUCCAGUGAAGAGGAAGCUAGUGCAGUUCCGGAAAAGUUCAUUGAGGAAGAACAUCGUGCCGAAUGGGGUGUCAAAGCUCGAGUUUACUGGAGCUAUAUCCGAGCUGGAAAAUAUCGGUGGUGGCUUUCCUUGGUUCUUGUUCUGACUGUUUAUCGACUGGCUGCUGUGGGACAGUCAUGGUUCCUCAAGGGAUGGGGUGAAGCCUACAACCAGAUACCUUUGACUCUGAAUGACUUCUUUGCCUGGGAUCGAUUACCCCCUCCAAGUGACGAUGUUCGUCCGUGGCUUUGGGCUUUCUUCUGCAUCGUCUCCUUCCAGGCAACGACCCUUCUUGUUUCCCAAAGCUUGAUGUUGGUAAUCGUUUAUUGUGCUGGCAAGACAUUAUUCCGGCAAGUGAUGACACGGGUCAGUUAUGCGACCUUUAGAUUCUUUGAUGUCACUCCGGUGGGCCGAUUGAUGAACCGUCUCACGUCUGAUAUUGGUGUUGUUGACGGUAACAUCAGCUCACAAUUCCAAACCAUUGCUUUCUAUGCCAUCACCUGGAUUUCAUCGAUUCUAGUCAUUGCAACGGCUACUCCAACUUUCCUCGCAUUCUCGUUACUGCUCACUGUGGUGUUUGUCCUGGUUUUUCUGCGCUUCCUACCAACAUCUCAGAGCUUGCGACGACUUGAAAUGGUAUCACUCACUCCGCUGCUGUCCAAUUUCGGAGAACUACUUCAUGGACUGACCACCGUCCGUGCAUUUCGAGCCGAAGAACGCUUUCAGGACCGAGUUAUAUCGGUAGUUGACAAGUUCCAAGGCAUGGAUCACUUCUACUGGUCUUUGCAGGCAUGGCUUAUGUACCGCUUUGAGAGUCUUUCUGCAUUGUCAACUUUCGGACUAACAGUUUUGGCUCUCUACACCGACACGACACCCGGACUUGUCGCUUUCGUGCUAAUUGCUGCAAAUUCCUUCGUACAAUCUACACACGGCCUUUGCAAGCAAUAUGGUCAGCUACAGAUGGACUUUGUUUCGGUCGAACGAGUCGAUGAGCUACUUCACGUCGAAGAGGAAUCCCCAGGAACAAUUGAACCACCUGCGGCAUGGCCCACCUAUGGUAGCGACGUUGUCUUUGAGAAUGCUACUAUGCGCUAUGCGCCUCAUCUUGACCCUUCACUGAGAGACAUCACGCUUCGUAUCCCUGGUGGGUCCAUCACAGCUAUUAUCGGCCGCACCGGCAGCGGCAAGUCAACGUUGGCAGUAUCGUUGCUCAGUGUCAUUCGACCUGAGUCCGGCCGGAUCUUGAUCGACAAUAUCAACAUCGCGGACGUCAGCACUCAAGCUCUACGCACUCGAGUCACAUUUGUUGCGCAGGACCCUGUUCUUUUCCCGGGGAGUAUUCGCCUCAAUCUGGAUCCGACCAAUGACUUUUCCGAUCGCCAAUGCGCGGAAGUCCUGGAUCGGCUUUGUGGUCGACAUGGCUGGAACCUUGAAACGCAUAUUGAAGCCGGGGGAAAGAACCUCAGCCAGGGUCAACGACAGCUUAUCGCGCUCACCCGGGCUGUUCUCCGACGCAGCGCUGUUGUGAUUCUUGAUGAGGCUACCGCAUCGAUCGAUCAUGAAACGUCGCUAGAGAUCCAGCAGAUUGUCCGUGAAGAGCUAGAGCUGUCGACGGUUAUCACGAUCGCGCAUCGGGUCGAGGCUGUCAAGGAUGCAGAAUACUUUGUCGAACUGGAGCAAGGGCGAGUACUUCGAGAAGGGCGCGUUGGGGAGUUGUAG